UUCAAAUCCUUCAGCACAGUACGGGGAGAUAGCCCCUGCAAGAACUAAGUCAUCGUGGUGAAGUUCUUUUUCACCCUCGACACCCUAGCUGCUGUCGUUAACGUUUGCUGCAGACUUCUUGACGAGAUUUUACUUGUCCUUCCAUGCUGUUCGUUCUGAGGUUUGCUUCUUUCUUUUUGCGAUCCAGUUCCGGAUGGCUCAGCCGUGCUUCCAAAAUGAAUAUUUUGACAAGUUGCUUAACGUUUGCAAACCUUGUCACCUUCGAUGUCUUAAUACCCCUCCCUCACCAUGUCAGCGAUAUUGCAGCGCAAUGAAAGGAACAAAUACAAUUCUCUGGACCUGUCUGGGCCUGAGCUUGACAGUUUCUUUGACGGUUUUCGUGUUGAUGUUCUUGCUAAGGAAGAUGAGCUCUGAACCAUCAAAGGACGCAUUUAAAAACACAGGAUCGGCUCUCCGGAACGAGGCAGAGGCUGACCAACACGAGAGCCGUGAGAGCAGGACUGGAACGAAAGUACUCCUCUCGAGGGGCCUGGAGUACACAGUCGAAGAAUGUACCUGUGAAGACUGUGUCAAGAACAAAUCCAAGGUCGAUUCUGACCAUUCCUUUCCGCUCCCGGCUAUGGAGGAAGGUGCAACCAUUCUCGUCACCACGAAAACAAAUGACUACUGCAAUAGCCUGGUAGCUAGCGUCACAGAGAUGGAAAGAUCCAUUUUUACCAGAUAAUUGACCAUGUCGCCUGGUAUCGAGCUGCUUUGAGCAUCUUUUGUCAGAAGGCAGAAGGGCGACGUAUCCCAUCUCUUUAGGAUGAUUGUAUGUGUCGGUUGCCGAUAGAGCUUUUUUGGUUCUGUAAUUCCAGCAAAUCGUUAUGUUGGCUAUACUUCCCUACUUCAUUGUUGGGAGCCUAACUGCGUAAAUUUCCUUGGUUUCAUGAUUAAAUUCUUGACUCACUGAAAAAAAGCCCUGCAGUGUGUAAAUCGCAUAGUCACACAUUUCUCUGGUAGCCACCUUCUCUCCUAGACCUGCACGC